UGAAAGGAUCUCAUAACUUCUUUUCCAACAAUACUCCAGAGAAAGAGCAUGUCUUUUAUGAGGACUACCCAAUUCUGGAUUCUCAUUGUAACCUUUUGCAAAACCUAUCAUUGCCAGACUGUGGGACUUCAUCAGAAACCAGCUCUAGUCUCUGCUGUGCCUGGUGAAGCCAUUACACUUAACUGCACUUUUGAAAAGCACAUGAGUGGAGAGCGAAUGCUCUGGUAUAAGCAAAAAUCUGGACGGACAUUUCAAGAGGUUGGAUUAAAGUUCUCACACACAAAUUCCAUCAUUUUUCCUGAGUUCAACAAAUCAGGAAUCAAAGUGGAAACAACUGAGAGCAGCAUUUCACUCCAUUUUCCAAAUGUUUCUAAAGAAGAUGAAGGCAUGUACUUCUGUGGAAUUAUUCUAGCGGAUAUAAUGAAGUUUUCCAGUGGGACCUUCUUGGUUGUGACAGGCAAUCCAGGACUAACCAUAUCGGUGGUCCAAAGUCCAGUGUUGGGGACUGUUUCCCCAGGAGAGUCAGUGUCUCUGCAGUGCACCGUCCUCUCUGAGAGGAGAACAGCAGAACUCCGAGUGCUCUGGUUCAGAGCUGCUACACGAGACAUCCAUCCUGAAAUAAUUUACACUCAUCACAACAGCAGCCAUCAGUGUGAGAUCAGCUCUUCUCCACACAGCUGUGUGUACAACUUCUCCAAGAGUGUCCUCAGCCUCUCUGAUACUGGCACUUACUACUGCGCUGUGGUCACCUGUGGCAAGAUCCUUCUUGGAAAUGGAACGACAGUAUAUAUGUCCAGUCCUCUGGAUCCUGUAGUGAUCUUCCUGGGAGCAGCUCUGGGAGUGUGUGUGCUUGUCAUUUCUGCUCAAGCAGUUUUAAACUGUAAAAGGAGAAACUGUGAACACUGUAGUGUGAGACUUCAACAUGGUGUUAUGAAAAUGAAGACCACCAGUCAGGACCAUGAUGCUGUGGAGUUGAAUUAUUCUGCCUUACAUUUCAUUGAUGGGAAAACCAGACGAAGGCGGGAGAAGAGAGGACAGACUGAACACAGCGUGUACUCUGAAGUGUUGUACUCUGCUGCUACAGAUUAAUUUGUGAGGGCUAAGUCAGCUAUUUAAUUUG